AUGAUUUCGACAGAGAAGCGAUCUUUUCUCAAAAGAAUUGUUUCCAUUCAACGAUGUCGUAAAUUGCAUCUUUCUCCAAGAGAGGAACUUUAUUACGAAACGAGAGAGGCGCCUAUCAACAGAUCCGAUUUUGCUGUAGGAGUGCACAGAGGAAAAGUUUACGUUUACGGCGGAGUCUGCGUCGCUCUAGGCCACGGUUUAUCAGAUUUAUACGAGUACGACCCUGCCACUGAAUCUUGGACGGAGUUGAGAAAACGAUCUGCACCCGGACGCCUCAUCGACGUGGACGGAAGAGGCCGUGUUCCUCUUCGGGGACAACGUCACUUGAUUGGCGACAGCGACGAGUUUUGGAAGUUUUCGCCGAAAUUCCAGAAGUGGACAAAGCUUGCCAGUGGUCCUCCAGCCAGAUCAGAAGCUGGCAUCGCUUACUACCAACAGAAUGUCCUCGUGGUAGGAGGUUAUCAAACUUCAGAUAUCUGGGGAUACCACACGAGUCUAGGAGUUUGGACCCAAUGGAUGAAAAGCAUUCCCAAAUGUAUAUCUGAGAAUAUAAUGUUAUGGGAAGACUCCAUCUUCAGCGUCUCCAACUCAAAGCUUGGAUGUUUCUUGUAUGUGAUAAAUCUCAAUGAUCGGAAGUAUUCAUUCACUACACAUUCGCUUGAGAAAGCUGUCGGAUCUAAAAUGGUGACUAUAGGAACUCCGGCAUCAGAAUUUCGAAGUCGCUCUACGCCUGGCAGCGGACGCCGGCGUAAUCGAAUUGCAUCGAGGAAGAAUAGCAGGUCGAAAGUUGGAAUCUUCAAUGAUGGUUUCGAGAUCGGUGACGACGCAAGCUUUGUCUCAUCUCCUGGUAUCUCGUUGAUUGACUUAAGAUCUCAAGAACGAUCAACAAAUUUGAUAUCCUAUAAUUCAUUGGACGACUCUCUGAGCAGCGUCAAGCUAGCCAAUCGAAAAUCUCCAGAAUCCGUUGACAGUGCGUACUCGUCUAGCCCCGAACCUUACAGAAGUAGUAGCCUGUUAAAUCAGCAAUCGUCGCCUGUAUUGCCAUUCGCGAAGAAACUCGAUCAAGUCGAAAACACUGGUUGCUACUUUCUUAUAUUUGGCGGGAAACCCCUGCACCCUGUUUAUACAAGAAAACCUCUCUAUGCUGGAAAAAUUAAUUUGCCGCCUGAAUUAAUACCUUGA